CAGAUUUAAGAUGACCUGUGUCACUGGGUGCUACAGUCACCAGUCACCUCUUUCGACUUCUAACUGAUGGUAGUUUAGGAGAGCGAUUGCAGCACGAAAUGUAAUGCUUCAUUGACGAUCCCUAUGAUCAUAGAAACUUCACACAUUUCUAAUCAUUUGAAUUCUGAUACAUAGGCUAUGUGUGAUCGAAUUGAACCUCAGAUAUCUUUACGGUAUCCAUGAGAGAUAAAAUUUGUGAACAGCGAAUUUGAUUGGUGAGCUGCAUGUCUUGAUUUGCAAUUUAUUUUGCACAUAUGUGUGUGUGUGUGUGUGAAUAUAUGGUUUCGUUAACCAGAUGCCGCAUGGAGUACCCGUAGCCCUGGAACUGCAUAUCUACUCCAAUCGGAGGAAGAGAUUCGGCUUCAAAUACAGCAAAUUCAGAUGCCAGACAUGGGGCUUCCUAGGCCCUCGAAGGAUCUUACCAACUAUCAAGUUGCAAUUUUCGGGAAAGUAGAUGAAUGCAUGUCUGAGGUAGCAAGCGACCUUGGUUGCGAAUGGGAAGACGGGUUGGGGGAGACAAUCCAAUUUGUGAUCAGCCACCAAGAGCAAGGGUUGCUUACCAUCGGAACAUUUGGCUUAAACCAGCUCGCAGGGGUACGUGAUAACAUCGACCGCCGACCACACAAAUCUGAUCUCAACAAUUCUCGUCGCGGUUGCGUAUCGAGCGUCCAGCUCCUGGUAUGCGAAGUCAGAAGCUCCGACGACAAAACUGAACUCCAUCAAUCGAAUUUAAGAAGCCUCCGUUCAGAUAGCACCACCAAUGCCGUCAUCAAUAGGAAGGAGCUGCCAGUCUUUGGCGAUCACGAUGCAUCUUCGAGAGUAUUUUUGGAUGGCCAGGCUGUGAGAGCCGGUCUAAACAGGGUGUCCUACUCAAGUAGUGCAAUACCUAUCAUCCUAAUGCGCACACCGAAUGCUGUUGAGAUCGAGAUCGAGAAAGUCGCUGAAAAGCAGCCUGGUGUAUCGUUCUUAACAAUUGAUUGCUUCUCCGACAAGGAACUCUGCUCGCCUGGUGUAUAUGGGCUCUUCACGUCCAGGCGAAGGACUCCAAAACCAGACAAGGAGUGGGUGUGGAACAAACCACACAAGAAACAGUUGGCAAACGGCGAUCGCGAACUCCAGAGAACUAUUACCACAAGCUAUUCUCCUCGAGGAGUCUGGAGGCUGUGGCGGUCAAGGAGCAACCCUUCCUUUGCAGCCAAAAUUGUAACAGAUAAGAAGUGUAACUCCCCAACAGCCACGGAAGAGUUCCAAACGCAGAUUGCAACAAAACUUGAGGGUCCUCCGUGCACUGGAAACGUUGACGAUGGAGCUGAAUCAACUCGAGUGACUCCGAAAGCGACGCAGCAGCAGCAACCUCCUCGAAAUCCACCAAAUCAUGCGAAAGAUCGAUGUGGGGAGCGGAUCAGAAGGCGAGAUCACAGUUUCGGCAACGCUUGGGCUUGCACUCAGAAUGGGAAAUGGAUUCGAACAGACUCUGAAUGUAAGCAACAGCUUCUCCUUCGAAACUCCUCCUAGUCCUUACCACUCCUGGAUUCUGCGCUCACGAUCAGUCCAACAGGUUCAGUCUAUAGUUUGAGCAGCUUAAGAUUUCUCCAUGGAUUCCUAUCUCCUCUAACUGUGAACAAAUUCGUAUGUUCGAGCAGUUGUCCUGGAAAUGUGAUUGAGGGAGCUCAACAAGACAAUGUAUGGCUGAAGAGAGUUUCUUGAAGCAAUCCACAGAGUCCGCUCUCCUCGCAUGACCAAGAUCACCGGAUUGCCACUGAGCCCAAGAGUGGCGAAGAACUCAUUGUAGCCUCGACUGUUCAGGCUUAUAUAGCAACGAAUUCCAGUGCUUCUCUAUGCUGUUUUUCGUGAUUUUGAGCAAACAUAAGCGAUGCUACUGAGAUAGUAGAACUUCAAAAAUGAAUUACACAUUUGCAGCCAAUGGAACAGUGGGUGAGGCUACACAUGGUAUUCCAAUGGGUGCAAAUUCUUC